AUGGAUUUAUCUCCAGUUUUUGCUGAGCUUGCUCAACCAACCCCAUCACGUGAAGUUGUCAUUGAAGAACUUGACAAGGUUACUGACUGCCUUCGUGGUGGAAUCCCAACAAAUGAAUAUAUUGAUCAACUUUUUGAACUUUUCAACAAGUUAAUCCACUUUAACCAGUGGCACAUCCAACAAUAUACACUUUCCUGCACAAAGUACAUUUUCGAGAACUCCACACUCACAAAAGAACAAAAAUUAAAUUCACUUCUUAACCAUACAGAGUUCACAACAUAUAUGGGCGAACUGUUUGGUAAUGCUAAGCGUGAAGUCCGUGAAAUGUCCGCACAAUGCAUUGGCCAACUCGCUAUCCAAAUUGGUCCUGCAAUUUUAACACCAAAGCUUGGAAUUACAGACUUCGUUUUCAACCCAGCCCCAACAGCUUUCGCUAUUGAAGGUCAGCAGAUGGCUCUUGGCAGGCUUGCAACAGCAUUCAGAAUUGUCAGCCAAGAAUCUCUUCUUAUGCUCAUCAAUUCAAUCACAAACGACGAAGCCCUUGACGUUCUUACAAACGCAAGCGAAAAUGGCUACGGUUACUGGUACUCAACCCGUGCUCUUUACUUAUUUGUUACAGAUGAGCUCGAUUGCACUCUCGAGAAGCACCGCAAGGCCUUCUUAGAGUCUCGCGAAUAUCUCCUUCCUCUUUUCGGCGAACAAAUCCUUAAUUGCGCCGUUAAAAGAUUAUCUCAUCAUUAUGCAAACGCUCGCCGUGCUGCUGCCAAGGUUGUUGCAUCCGUCUUCAAAGGCACAAAGUGCAAUGAGACAGAAUUCAUCGAAAAACUCAUCCCUGUCGGUGAAAAUCUUUGGGUCCAACGCGAAGGGCACCUUUCCGCCAUUGCCGAGUGUCUCGAUGCCGCCAACCAGCCAUUCCCAGCCGACUUCGCCGAGAAACUUGCAGGAAUUCUCCUUGAUCUCGGUCAUGAUGAGAUGCCAAACGAUCCAAACCCAUUAACACAGAAAGGCAACGCAAAUUCAAUGGCCGCAAAGGCUCUCGUCAAGUUACUUCGUCUCCACGAUACGGAAGACCACUCAUUAUACGAAAAAUACGUUCAUGAACUUGUUAUUGAGUUCCUUCGUUCUCCAGUUGCAGCCUUACUUGAUGGUGGUGUCAUUUGCACUGCCGAAUUGAAGAAACUCGGCUAUGACGUCACUGAUUUAUUAUUAUUAACAUUCAAAGACAUCUGCCACUCAUCAUUCCCGAUCAGAGAUCUUGCCAGAAGGACAGUCAACGUCAAGGACUGCGUCGACAACCAUUUCGAUGAGUUAUUAGAAACAAUUUUCUCAUUUGCCGACAGCGAAGACUCCGAGAUCAGGGAAUGUGUUGCCAAAUCCCUUAUCCUUGUUGCCCAGAACUCUUCCGUCCAACUCCCAGACGAAGUUACCCAAUGCGGCUUAUCUCUUGCCCAAGACCCAGUAGAUACCGUCAAAGCCGCCGGUCUCGACCUUGUUCGCACUGUUUUGACCAAGGAAUCCGCCCCUGUUGUUGUGGAACUCUGCAUGAUGAACAUGACAGGCGAAAGUGAAGAAGCUACAAUUGCAGCGAUCAAACUUCUUAAGCAUGCAAUCAAGAAGUAUCCUGAUGAGACUGUUGGACAGUUCUCAGCCGCUCCAAUUCUUGCUUUCCUUUCUCUUUCACCAAUGUCAUCACCUGUUGUCUCCAGCGCUGCCCAACAGUUGUUGUUCCUUUUGGCUUCUGUUUCUAAAGAAGUUGAUGAGGAAAAAUUGCAAGAAUUCAACGAAAUCGACCAUGAAUCAUCCGAAUACAAUGAUUACUUGGAAUUAGUUGAAGCUGCAAAUGAACAACCAGAAGCAGCAGCUACUUAUUUCCAGGCUGUCAUUCAGAACUACAUGAAUGAGUUGGAAGAAGACGCAAUUGAGAAUUUGCCUGAAAUAUCUCUCAGCGAACUUAACUUGGCUGACAAAUCUGCUGCUGUUGAUCAAGUCGCUUACUUGGUUCACAACAUUGCUAAGUUCGAUGAUGGCGAGAGAAAGAAGAUUUUGCAGGCUUUGGCUGAUGUUUAUGCUGAUGAAGCAAUUGAAGAUAAGAAAUUACUGUUGAUCGCUUUGAACUCCGUAAUGAAUGAGCAGAAUAUUGAUAUACCUGAUCCAACACCUUUCUCAUUCUCUCACGACUCUGAAACAUUCUCAAAACAUGCUAACUAA